AUGCUUCUCGACGAGGACCCCGCGACUCUCAUCCACCAUACAGUCGGCAACUUCAACAUCCAUCCCGACAAACAAGCCGUAACGCGCAUCAACGACUCCCUCUCCACCCUCCAACAAUCCCGCGAACUGCGCUCACGCGAAGCCGAAUCCGCCCUCCGAAAACUCUCCCGCAACCUCAAUUCCUUAAACGCGCAACAUGAAGAAGCCGUAACCGCGCACGACUCUGGAAGACACGCGCAGGGCAUUGUCGAGCUGGACACGAAGAAGUUCCGGAUUGCAAAGGCGGCAUCGGAGUUGGAGAUUGAGAGUGAGAGACUCGAAAGUGAGCUGGAGAUGUUGAAGGAGAGGUUGGCAGAUUUGGAGGCACAGGGACUAGAGGGGGAUGAGGGGACGAGGAGGGAGAGGGAGGCUGAUGAUGCUACGAUUCUCCGUCUCAAGAUAUUUAGAUCUUUGGGCAUCGAUAUCGAGCCGGACGAGGCCGGAAACUUCACCAAGGCUGUUAUUCGCAACAGUCGGAAGGGUGAUGUGCACGUGGUUAAUGUCGACUCGAAGUUCUCAAGGUUCUUCUACGCAAACUACUUCUGGUCGACUAUGCAGGGAUAA